GUCUCUCAGCGCAUCUGACUCACUCCCUGACAAGGCUGCACAUCCACUUGCGACUUGAAGAGAUACAUAUGACAUUGCAAUACAAGAUCACCCAUGUUUUUUGUCCCCUACAGCUUCCUGAUGGAGAUGAUCAUUCUCACUCAAAUGAUCUUGCUCUAUCUGAAGCACUAUGCCAUUCGGCAUCCAGCUACUAUAGGCACCUUGAUAACCCUAUAAAAGGUCAUUGGAAAUGCGUGGAGAAGCUGUUGCACAAUCUUUACGAGGCAACGCGUCUUGAACAGUUAGAAGAAACUCUCGUCUCAUCUCAGCUCGAAUCUAUGGCAGUAGGGGAUGUCGUCGCCUAUCUCAUCCGUGCUCAGAAUGCAGCUGUUGUAUUCAGAAGAGGUGCAGAGGAAACCAUUGCAGAAUCAUUCGAAGUAUCCCCUACUGUGGCGGCAGUCAUGAGCUCCUGUGAUAAACUCGUGUGCUCGUACCCGGGCCCCGCGAUCGCCGUCCCAAAUGUAGUUUUUGGUGAUGCUGUGUUCCGCCUCGAGCUUGCCCAUUUUCUCUGCGAGAUGAACAAGGACAAUCUCGAUGCGGCUCCCACUACCCGCAAGGCGGGUACCACGGUCUCCGAGACGCGGGAUACGGUCCACCCUCGGUAUAUAACGGAACUAUUGACUGGCAUCCUGCGAGCCGUCGGCAGGCCUGCCGAUGUCCAGCGAAUUAACAAACGUAUCGGCGAUGACGUUGUAUGGCGCAAUUCCCAUCUCCCUUGGCGUCGCUCUUCGCUCUGGUUGAUAAUCAGAGUUGUCCUGCAGACUACCCUUGCACGAAAUGGUCUCGGGGUAGACGUCUACAAGGCAUUCGUGUUAUUCUUCAUGAAUGGACUCGCCGGAGAAGCCGUAGGCCACGGAAUGUCGGAUGAUGUCUUGCAUUGGAUAUCUGCCAAGCUCAGCCGCCGGUUGAUGAAGCUGGGGGAGUCGGCCCCCAACUGGUUGUCAGCCUACCGUGCUGUCGGGGUGUACAAACAUUCAAAAGCUGUUGUGUAAAAGAUGGAAGCAGGUGCAGGAUAUCGAUGCUUCCUCGCCGAUGUGGAAUCCUGCUUCCCUCAAUAUCUUGGCCGACACACAGCUUUCCCUACUGAAAGGUGCUAAGUACAUCAGCGGCAUCCUGAAUCAAAGUUACUCCGCUUUGCAGCCUGCCAGUUCUCUGACCAGCCGUCGCCCGCGCGGUAGUUUAGACAAAUUUCUAUCGACGAUGGGCGACUUCUUCGAGGAUGCUUACAAAGCUGACCC